CGACAGACAUCCUCCCCCUCCUCUCUCUCGUCUCCCCCUCCUCUCUCUCGUCUCCCCCUCCUCUCUCUCGUCUCCCCCUCCUCUCUCUCGCCGCCAUGGACGCCCUGCAGGGCUGGGGGGUGAGCAGCACCCACUACCUGCAGACGCACUACGCUGAGGCCCAGGGCUGGUUCCUCUGGGUGUCCUGGGCUGCGGACCUCCGCAACACCUUCUUCAUCUUCUUCCCCCUCUGGUUCCACCUGCGGCCCAACGUGGGCAUCAAGCUCAUCUGGGUGGCGGUGAUCGGAGACUGGCUGAACCUGGUGUUCAAGUGGAUUCUGUUCGGGGAGCGACCGUACUGGUGGGUCCAUGAGGCAGCGUACUACCACGACAAGGUGGCCCCACACAUCCAGCAGUACCCCAUGACCUGCGAGACCGGACCAGAGCUGAGCGCUAUUCAGUAUGUGAGGGCCCUGCUGUGGACGGGCUUCUGGGCCGUCCAGGUGUGCGUCUGUCUCUCCAGGGUCUUCAUCGCUGCACACUUCCCCCACCAGGUCAUCGCUGGAGUCAUCUCAGGCAUGAUCGUGGCGGAGAUCUUCGACCGGGUCCAGUGGAUCUACAGCGCGAGCAUGAGGAGCUACCUGCUCACCACCAUGUUCCUCACCUCCUUCGCCGUGGGCUUCUACCUGCUGCUCAGGGCCUUGGGCGUGGACCUGCUGUGGACCCUGGAGAAGGCCCAGCGGUGGUGCGUGAGGGCCGAGUGGGUCCACAUGGACUCCACGCCCUUCGCCAGCCUGCUGAGGAACAUGGGCACCCUGUUCGGGCUGGGCCUGGCGCUCCACUCGCCCCUCUACACCGAGAGCAAGCGGAGCUCCGGCGCCGUGGCCAAGGCGGGCUGCAUCGUCAGCUCGCUGCUGCUGCUGCACCUCUUCGACUCCUUCAAGCGCCCCACGCACACCGCCGCGCUCUACUACCUGCUCUCCUUCUGUAAGAGCGCCACCGUGCCGCUGGUGGCCGGCAGCAUCGUCCCGUACUGCGUCAACAGCGCUCUCAGCCUGCAGGGCAAGAAGGGCUUGUGAGCCGGCGCCCACAGGAGACUAAGGGGCGGGGGGGGGGCAGCUGCCCCCAGGACGCAGCGCCACUCACUCGCUGCCCGGUGAUUCAUGACUCAGGGCGCCGCCGCCGUCUGCCCGGUCUGGGAACGGCAGCCGUGGACAGAGGGCCUCGCAGAAAUGGGGUUUCUUUCAAAGCUCAAACGCGGUGGCAAGUGAAAGCUCAGAUACUCAGAACCCAGGGCAGCUGUGAGCAACGAGCCGCACACACACUGGGGAAACGACGUUGGGAUGGAGGGUUCAGGAGCUCUGCAAGAGGAUGUGAAUAACGUGGCACUAUUCUUAGAGCACGUUGUACUAAGAGCCGUCAGGGAAAUCCGUUUGACUUUUAUGUUUUAUCUCCGAUUCAUUGUCGUGUUUUUAAGUAUUGUUUGUUUCAUCAGAAGUAACUUUUUAACUUUGAUUUUUUUUUAAAUAAACAUCUUUAAAAUGU